AUGAAGCUGAUACUGCUAUCAAUUUUAACGAUUAGUUUAGCUGUGGAUGCAGCUCAGGAAUAUUUUACUUUCCCGCCACAAUUUCAAACACCUUUGCCCGGAAUAUUUACGACAGAAAAAUCAGUAUAUCUACCACCUGAACCACAUACACCUAUACCGUAUUUUCCUAUAAAAAAUGUUGAUAAAUUACAAUAUCCGUAUUUACCACCGAGUGAGACAAAAUCACCAGUAUAUCCAAAACCAUUUCCUAUAAUGGUGACAUCAACCCUGUUACCCCCACUUACAAAUGACGAUGAGGAUGACGAUGACGAUGAUGACAAAAGAAUGACUCCGCCGCCAUCAUUUUUUAAAAACAGGGUUAAUUAUACCGAAAAACAUUCAUUGAAACAAAAGCCGCAGAUGCGAGAUUUGAAACCCCUACCAAGGUCGUUUAAUUACCAGCAUCCCAUCGACAGAAUCGACAUGAAAAUCCCGUAUCAAUUUCCUGGAAAUAACGAACAAACGCCACUGAACACCGUAACUCAAACACCCACACGAAGCGUAACUAUAUCGGCGGAAACUAGAAAUGAUCGUGGUGCAGAUCAAACAAAAUCCGGCAAUUUUCCCAUUCCACAAUAUUUACCAUUACCAGGAUUUUUUAUAUCGUCUACAACAGAGACGGCGAUACCAAUAUUGCGGUUAUCUAACGAAAUGGACUUAGAUGGUAGCUUUAGUUAUGAAGCUUUAGGAGCCGAUCAAACGCAUUAUGUACAACACAGCCGCAUGGAAAACGCAGGGACCGACAAACAAGAGCAAGUAGUGGAAGGGUCGUAUUCUUAUGUCGGAGAUAACGGCCAAACAUAUACCGUUCAUUAUGUAGCUGAUUCAAAUGGAUUUCGAGCAACUGGUGACCAUCUGCCUGUGGCUCCUCCUAUACCCGAAAUCAUUCAGCGGGCUGUUCAAUAUAAUCUAGCAGAAGAGGCAAAAAAGCCGCCACACUUACAAUCUUGGAACGAAGAAAAACGUCAUGAAAUAAGUGAAAGUGAUAAAAGUAACCGGUAUAAUAUUUUACCACCGCAGAAUUUAUUUACGGGAAGAACUCCUGAAUCAUUCUCUUUCAACUUUGCCCAAAAUCCUAACCCGCAAAAUAAUUUAGUUGUUUCUGCGACUGCCCAAACGCCUAUAAAAUUAAACAACGAAUUUUCACAAGAUCAAAUAAAUGCCAAACCCAGCGCAACAAUUUCGCCGCAAAUAACAUUUUUAGCUUCACAAGGUGCUCAUCUGCCUUCAGUGAAUGCGCCGCAGCAAACAAUAGCCAGAAUGUUUGGGGCGGAGAAAUCAACAAUGCCACAAUUGGUUAAUUACGAAGCCGCAAUAAAAGAAUCGGAACAAGAGAGCAAUAAAGCACUGUGGAGGUGGCAAUAUGGAUUAAACCAAGAAACAAAUAAAACACCAGAGAAAAAUACUAUAUCUAGAUCAUUCGCUGAAGAUGACGAUGUGAUGAUUAAUUUUAAUGAUAUGACACCAGAACAAUACACUGAUAUGAUUAAAAGUCACGUAGAACCAAACAGAAAGGAAAACUCUGAGUCUUUUAAUUAUAAAUAUCCAGUAGAGGAAACAAAAGAUAACGUCCAACAACAUGAACAACAGAAUUUUGGGCAAAAUAAUCAAAUUGGCUCCUUGAAACAAGAUAUUAAUGAUUACACAACAGAAAGUAAUACUUCUUCAAAUGUCUUCAAAGCCUGGUACCAAAGUACUCCUGAGACAACAAUAACCGAACGCACUACCACAUUUAACGAUAAUGUUCCAUUUUCUAAUAAGGGCAGCUCUUCAAAUUCUCGUUCUAAACUUGUUACUUAUCGUGAAUUUGUCCCCCCAAGCCAAAUGGUCACACAAUCUUAUAACUACCAUAAUGAUAAUAAUUAUCAGUCAACUACAAACAAUAAGAACCCUGAAGUAUUGGUAGAUAAAAACCAAUUAAAUUUCCUUCCUCUAGAGGAAAAUUAUCCUUGGUCCCACAAAAAUGAUAUAGAAAAGCAAUAUCAAGCAUCAUCUACUCAAAGACCAAUAGAAUUAACUAGUGCUUCAAACUCCUAUAAAUUCACGGAUUUUAUAGUAACAGAAAAAAAUAAUGAUUUCAAACCCCUAGCUCAACAUCAACCAAAUAUUUAUAAAGAAAAUUACAGUGAAUCAACUACAACAGCAAUUGACUUUGAAAAUGAAUUGCGUGACAAUAUUUUCUUAAAAAAUAUUUUUAACAAGAACAAAAUACAUACAAAGAGCUUAAAUAAAACGACAAACUACAUUAAAAAUAGCUUCGCGACGAACCCAAGUACAGAAACAAUUACAGAAAAAUCACCUAAAUACAUUCAAGUACAGUCUAAAUCAAUGAACGAAGUAAUGGAUUUUAAGAAGAAACCUAUUGAUAUCUCAGAAAUUAUGAACUACAUAAAUGCUAAAAACCAAUUUGAAUCAAAUAAGAUUAGGCCCAAAAAUAAGCCUUCGUUCAGUAACUUCAGUCAAAGGCAAGAAACACAUUUCAUUCCUAUUGAACAUGACGAAAAUGAAGAUGAUUACGAAGAAAAACAAGAGCCCAAUAAGAAAGAUUUGCAAACUCGUCUGUAUCCAAACGAACUGCGCGGUGUUAUUAAAAAUUAUAAAGUGUUACAAAGAAAUAGCAGCCCAUUUACUAAAGAUAGAGAUAUAGAACAUAUAAAAAGAAAUCUGAGUCCAUCACCAAUCAAACAAUUACAGUCUUCUAAUUUGCCUCCCCUAGGAAGAGCGGGACCUUCUGUAAAGAGCUAUUUACCUCCUGUUUACGCGUAACAAAUUGUGAUUAAUGUAAUUUUUUUAUUUGUAAAUAAUUUUCUCCAAGACUGCAUUUACUAGAUAUAAAUUACACUGUAAUAUUAAAAUAAAUAAUUUAGU